AUGACUAGCGGUAAACUGCACCUCGCGCCUGUUGAUAUUCAGCUUCAGGCUUGCCUGGCCGACCCGGAUGACGUGAGCGAGUACCGCUUUCUCGUCGGCGGGAAAGACAUCAAGUACAUCACCAUCGAACCGGGCGUCAUCCCUGCUGAAGACAUCUCUUUCGCACCAGCUCUCAAGUCCUCCUUGCCGAUCUUCCCACCUGGCGACUGGAACGAGGGUCAUGUCGUCAAGGACCCGUCAACCGGAAACGCCGUCUUCGCUACCACUAUCCGGCGCGAUUUCCCCGGCGUCAAGAACGUAUGGCAUGAUACUCAAGUGGACCAUCUUCAACUUACAUGGCUCUCCCGGAUGCGGCAAAAUGUCCGCCUCGUCACUUGCCCGCUCUUUGCAGAGCCCGUUGUCUACAAGUUCGCCGAGUUCCCAUGGCAGACCUUCAUGUUGGAGGCCGAGACCACGGCUUACAACUGGAUCCAUGACCACGGUGUUGGGCCACGAUUCCUAGGGCACGUCACCGAGGCAAGACGGGUGAUUGGGUUUCUUAUCGAGAAUAUUCCAGGACGUACAGCGGACGUCGGAGAUCUAGACCUGUGUCAACGCGCCUUGAAGAAGGUGCAUGCAUUGCAUCUGAAGCAUGGAGAUACCAACAAGCACAACUUCCUCAUAAAAGAGGGCGACGGGGAGGCAGUCUUGAUCGAUUUCGAUCAUACGACCAAGUGCCAUGACGAGCAGGAGUUGCUAGAAGAGUUUGAGGGAUUGCAGGACCAGCUGGAAGAGAACACCGGGAGAGGGGGUGUAGACGUAAGUAGUCCAAGUGGGUGUACCGCUGUGGUUGGAGGUUGA